AUGAAUCAAGAAAAUUUAAGCGAUAACCAGUUAGAAAAUACCUUAGAAAGCCCCGCGGAAACUAAAUCAGAAAACUCCCUUUUGGGAGCCUUAUCGAAAUGUCUAACUUUUGCUCCCUUAAUGUUAGAACAGUUUACCGGACAAAAAGUUCCCCAAAUGACCGGUACCAUGGCGGAAAUUCAAAAUGCGAUUAAUCAAAUACGAAUAAAUAUGAACUUACUCGGCCUCGAUUUAAAACCUUUAACUACUGAAAUAACUAAAUUCAGUCAAGGUCAACAACAAAUUAUCACUCUCUUAAAAGAGAAUAAUCAGUUACAAAAACAAAUUCUUAGCCAGUUAGGAGGGAAGCUUACUGGAACACCACCAGAAGUUUUACCUUACUAG